UCGCUCCUCCUUUCGCCAUUGCGAUAAUUGUCUCGCAGUUGAAUCGAUGCGGGUCCGACGGCUGCUCUAAACCGGAGGCUGGAGCUUCAGCAGGUGCUGGGAUUUCACUUCACACACACGGACAAGCCCUAUGCGUGGAUUUCGGCUCUUUACCCUUUCGCCAAUGCAACAGGAAAUAUGCAGCGAAGCUUCACCAUCCUCUACACCAGUUUGCUGGGGAUAUGCUUGGCUUCGGGCUCAAGUUUCCCAAGUAACAUCAAUAUAGGAGGAUUGUUCCCCACGGAUUCGCACGAAUAUGAGGUGUUCCGCUUCGCGCUGUCGCACCACCAGGACAUCCCCAAACUGGUGCCGCAGGUGGAUAUGGUGAAAAUGGGCAACAGCUUCUCCAUGACAUAUGCCUUUUGCUCUCAGUUCUCCAAAGGAGUGUACGCCAUCAUUGGACUAUAUGACAGAAAAACUGUCAACAUGCUCAUGUCCUUCUGCGGAGCUCUGCAUGUCUGCUUUGUCACGCCAUCCUUCCCCAUAGAGACUGCAAACCAGUUUGUCAUCCAGCUGAGACCUGAGCUCCAGGAUGCCCUGGUGGGAGUUAUUGAGCACUAUGGAUGGACAAAAUUUGUCUACAUGUACAGCUCUGACUCAGGCCUGUCAGUGCUACAGAAGGUUCUGGACACAGCAGCAGAGAGGAACUGGCUGGUGACUUCAGUCAAUGUGGAGACCAUGACAGAGGCCUCCUUCCUGAAGGUGUUCCAGGAUCUGGACAAAAGGAAGGAAGGACAGAUUAUCAUCGACUGCGAGACUGAGAGGCUUACUGGCAUUCUCAAAAAGAUUGUUGAACAAGGAAAGAACGCAAAGAGCUACCACUACAUCCUCGCGAACCUGGGUUUCCUGGAUAUUGACCUGACUGACCUGAGGAAAGGUGGCGCCAACAUCACAGGUUUUCAGCUCGUCAACAACUCUGAGCCCAGUGUGAGCCGCAUCGCCCAGCAGUGGAUGGAGUUUGAUAACAAAGACUCCAAAAAGCCCAAGACAGGACUCAAAUACACAGGUGCUCUAACAUAUGACGGGGUGAAAGUCAUGUCCACGGCCUUUCAAAAUUUAAGAAGACAGAGGAUAGACAUCUCUCGCCGGGGCAAUGCUGGAGAGUGUCUGGCCAACCCACCAGCCCCUUGGGGACAGGGAAUAGACAUCCAGAGAGCCUUGCAGCAGGUCCGCAUUGAUGGAUUGACUGGUCACAUUCAGUUUAACGAGAAAGGUCGCAGAACCAACUACACUGUUAGUGUCAUGGAAUUAGCCCCCUCUGGACCCAAGAAGGUUGGCUACUGGAACGAAGAGGAGAGAUACGUGACCACAGCUAGUCUCAUGAGGGCUAGUAACGAAACGUAUGGACUGCUGAACAGGACUUAUAUAGUCACCACUAUUUUG